GGAUCCGUCGGGCGCGUCUCUGCGAAGGGACAAGGACCUCGCCCCCAAGGACCUCCGGAGAGGCGGGAUCUCUCCGGGAAGGGGAAGCAGGAUUUUGUUGUGUGGCUUGAAGAUGAGGCAGGUAUCUGGAGUGGCGCUCCUCCUGGGGCUGAUGGCUCUCCCAGCGGCGCUGGGACAGAGAAGCUCGGAAAGCCAUAAAAAUAGCAACCAGAGCUUUGCCAUCGUCUCUUUCAAAUGGGAUCACGUCAAGGAGCCGUAUAUCAUUGCACUCUGGAUACUUGUGGCCAGCUUGGCCAAAAUCGUUUUCCACCUGUCCCACAAAGUCACUCGGGUGGUUCCAGAAAGUGCUCUGCUGAUUGUCCUUGGUCUUUUCCUUGGUGGCAUUGUAUGGGCAGCAGAUCAUCUUGCCUCCUUCUCCCUGACGCCAACUGUAUUUUUCUUCUAUUUGCUGCCCCCCAUUGUUUUGGAUGCUGGGUAUUUUAUGCCAAAUAGAUUGUUCUUCGGAAAUCUUGGCUCCAUCCUUUUGUAUGCUGUCAUUGGGACAGUUUGGAAUGCUGCCACAACUGGUUUAUCUCUCUAUGGUGUCUAUCUGACAGGAAUAAUGGGUGAACUGCACUCUGGGCUGCUGGACUUCCUCCUCUUUGGCAGCUUAAUUGCCGCUGUGGAUCCUGUAGCUGUUCUGGCAGUGUUUGAAGAAGUCCACGUCAAUGAAGUUCUAUUCAUCAUUGUUUUUGGAGAAUCUCUUCUGAAUGAUGCUGUAACUGUGGUGCUGUACAAUGUGUUUGACUCUUUUGUUGCGAUAGGUGCAACGAAUGUGACGGGGAUUGAAUGUCUCAAAGGCAUAGUGUCAUUCUUUGUGGUGAGCCUUGGUGGGACACUGGUUGGCAUUUUCUUUGCGUUCCUGCUCUCAUUGGUCAGUCGUUUCACCAAGCACGUGAGGAUCAUUGAACCUGGAUUUGUGUUUAUCAUUUCCUACCUGUCCUACCUCACAGCAGAGAUGCUUUCUCUUUCUGCCAUCUUAGCGAUAACCUUCUGUGGCAUUUGCUGUCAGAAAUAUGUUAAGGCUAACAUAUCUGAACAGUCUUCUACAACUGUAAAAUAUACUAUGAAAAUGCUAGCCAGUGGAGCAGAAACUAUUAUCUUCAUGUUCCUGGGUAUUUCAGCUGUGGAUCCAAAAAUCUGGACUUGGAAUACGGCUUUUAUUCUGUUGACUCUAGUCUUCAUCUCAGUAUAUAGAGUUAUUGGUGUCAUUAUACAGACGUGGAUUCUUAAUCGCUACAGAACUGUCCAGCUGGAGAUAAUAGACCAAGUGGUGAUGUCCUACGGUGGAUUACGAGGAGCAGUUGCUUUUGCUCUUGUUGCACUUCUGGAUGGGGAUAAAGUGAAAGACAGAAACCUGUUUGUCAGCACAACUAUCAUUGUUGUGUUUUUUACUGUUAUAUUCCAGGGACUGACUAUCAAACCUUUGGUACAGUGGCUGAAAGUGAAGAAAACUGAACACAGAGACCCAAAACUGAAUGAGAAACUUCAUGGCAGAGCCUUUGAUCACAUUCUCUCUGCUAUAGAAGACAUUUCUGGACAAAUAGGGCAUCAUUAUCUGAGAGACAAGUGGUCCAAUUUUGAUAGGAAGUACCUCAGAAAAAUACUGAUGAGAAGGUCUGCUCAAAAAUCAAGGGACCAAAUCCUUAAUGUUUUCCAUGAGCUCAACUUGAAGGAUGCAAUUAGCUAUGUGGCUGAGGGAGAACGUAGAGGUUCGCUGGCAUUUAUACGUUCUCCAAGUACAGACAACAUGGUAAAUGUGGAUUUCAGCACUCCACUCCCAAGCACUGUGGAAAGCUCUGUCUCUUAUUUAUUGAGAGAAAAAGCUGGACCGGUUUGCCUUGACAUGCAAGCUUUAGAGCAGAGAAGGAAAAGCAUCCGGGACACAGAAGAUACCCUCGCUCAUCACACCCUGCAGCAGUAUCUGUAUAAACCCAGGCAGGAGCACAAACACCUGUACAGUCGUCAUGAGAUCAUGCACAGUGAAGAUGACAAACAAGACAAGGAGAUUUUCCAUAGGACAAUGAGGAAACGCUUAGAAUCUUUCAAGAGUACCAAACUAGGAAUAAACCAUUCCAAGAAGCUCAAUAAAAUCCACAAACGAGACCGGGCCCAAAAAAGGAGAAAUAGCAGUGUCAUACCAAAUGGAAACAUUCCUUCAGAAAGUCCAGUACAAGACUUUGCUUUGAAGGAAAAAGAUAUGGAGUUUUCUGAAUCAGAAGAAAAUAAUGAUUAUGAGACUUUGCAUCUAGGCAAAGGAGUUGAUUUCCUGGCUAAUGUGACGAAACAAAAUUUCACAGAUGCUCCUGCUGGAAUUGAUAACCCAGUAUUUUCAGCUGAUGAUGACCAAAGCAUCUACAUGAAGUUCACACCAUGGUUGUCUGGUGAAGACACUGUGGUACCCUCACAAAGGGCCCGAGUGCAGCUCCCAUAUUCUCCAGACAACUUCAGACGGCUCACUCCAAUCCGGCUCAGCAAUAAAUCAACAGAUUCCUUCCUGCUAGCAGAUGGCCCAGAGGACCGACCCAGAUCUUUUCUCCCAGAAUCAACACAUAUGUGAUAUGGACCACGAUGUUGAAAUGACAGAAUACUCCUCUUCAGAUGAUCAACUAAACCAAAAUGGAAGUGUUUCAGUGAAUCCCCUCCACUUCUUCCCCUCUUGUCUUCAAAUGCCUUGGACACAAAACUAUUCUUCAUUGGAAAACAGAGGGAAUAUAUCUCUUUCUGCUGUCUCUGAGUACAUUGCUUCAUGUGACCCAAAUGUACCUGAUCUCUUCUGGGAAUCAGGUACAGAUAUGAAUAACAAAGAGACAGUAAACUCAGGUUAUUGUUCUGAAGUUAGCUUCAAGUCAGAGAA